CUUCAGAAGAAAUCCUGCGAAUCUUCAGGUCUUCAAGGCGACGUUUGAAUUAGAAAGGCACCGUAAGAACCAUGGAGAUCCUGGCACUGUCUUGUCUCCUUCUAACCAUCGGAAGCUCGGUAGGGUUUCCUCAAGAACCAGAGCGAGAGGCCAGGGUUUCAUCCGCCUUCCAGAAGCUUCGUUCGCCCAUCACGCAGAUUCCACUGGCCGAGAUGUUCAAGCUGAUGAACAGACGAAAUGAUAUUAAGUUCUACGUGGACUGUGUUACGGAGAAGGGGAGUUGUAAUAGCAUCGGGAAAGCUAUGCAGAGUUUGAUCCUCGACGUCCAAGCGGGUGGCGAGAUCUGUCGAGGCUGCAGCGAGUGCGAGAUGGAACGCGUCCAGUACAUGUUAGACACCCUGAGGACGGAGUACACGGACCUCGCCUGUCAGAUUCAGAACUACUUGAACAGACCUAUAUUCGCUGGUCAGAAUCCUUGCCUUUAAAUUCCCUCUUUCUGGGGAGGUGAUUUAGAGCACUUGGAUGGCGGAUUUGUUGUGGGAUUUUUGCAUUUUCUUUACUUGUGUUUUUUUUUGCUUUUCUUCUCUCUUCUUUUUCUUUAAUCAGAGUUAUUGGACUUUGGUGAAAUGUAAAGGAUUUUUUUUUCUCUCUCUCUCUUGCCUUUGUGCUAAUAUCUGUGCCUUGUAUUUGAAGAAUAAAUUUGGC